UUAGAUGGAAAACUCGAAAAGACAGCUUUACCCCGAAACCAAAAUCAAAAAGAUUAUAAAUACAUAUCGUAAAACCCUAAACUGAAAAAUAUCUUCAAGCAGCUGUUGCCUCUCUGCCUUCACUCUUAAACCUAGCAGUCUCUCUUCUCAAAUUCGCCAUGGGUAAAAAAUCCGCCACCAAGGUUGAAGCAGCACCUGCUGCCAUUAAGGCCACCAAGCCUUUGAAGAAAGGUAAGAGAGAUCCUGAGGAUGAUUUGGACACCAAAGUGAACCUAAAGAAGCAGAAGAAAGAUGUGAUUGCUGCUGUUCAGAAGGAGAAAGCUGAGAAGAAGGUGCCUAAAAAAGUUGAGAGCUCUGAUUCAUCUGACUCUUCUGAUAUCGAGGAAGAAGUCAAGGAACCCGCACCUAAGAAGGCCGUUGCUUCUACUAACGGAACUGUUGCAAAGGAUGACUCAUCCUCUGAGGAAGAAUCUUCAGACGAGGAAGAAGUUGCAGCUACCAAGAAACCUGCUGCAGUUGCUAAAAAUGGCUCAGUGAAAGCUAAGGCAGAGUCCUCGUCUGAGGACGACUCUUCUGAUGAAUCAGAUGAUGAAUCUGAGAAACCUGCUGCUAAGAAGGCAGCUCCUGCUACUACCAAGGCUGCCAGCAGUGCUGAUUCAUCCGAGGAAGAUUCUGAUGAGAAACCUGCUGCUAAGAAGGCAGCUCCUGCUACUACCAAGGCUGCCAGCAGUGCUGAUUCAUCCGAGGAAGAUUCUGAUGAGGAAAGUGAAGAUGAAAAACCUGCACCUAAAAAGGAUAGCAGUAGUGAUGAUUCUGAUUCUGAUGAAUCAGAGAGUGAAGAUGAGAAAGAAACCCCGAAGAAAAAGAACUCUGAUGCUGAAAUGGUGGAUGCUGAGCAGAAACAGCUUAAGACCCCAUCGACUCCUGCUACAGGAGGAUCGAAGACACUCUUUGUUGCCAAUCUAUCAUUCAAUGUUGAAAGAUCAGAUGUUGAGAAUUUCUUCAAAGAUGUUGGCGAUGUUGUUGAUGUCAGAUUUGCCAUGUCAAAAGACGAUGGCAGGUUCAGAGGCUUUGGCCAUGUUGAGUUUGCUACUGCUGAACAAGCACAGAAGGCACUGGAACUUCACGGCACAUCCAUGCUUGGUCGUGAUAUUCGUCUUGAUGUUGCUCAAGAGAGGGGAGAGAGACCCGCAUACACUCCACAGAGCGGUGCCGGUGGUAACUUCAGAAGCAGUGGUGGUGGAGGUCAAUCGAUUUUUGUUAAGGGAUUCGACUCUUCUCUUCCUGAAGAAGACAUCAAGAGCGCAUUGAGUGCGCAUUUUGCUUCAUGUGGAGACAUCACGAGGGUUUCUGUUCCCUGUGACCGUGAAACCGGAGCUUCCAAAGGAAUUGCUUACCUUGAUUUUAAAGACGGCACAGACAAGGCGUUUGAGCUUAAUGGUAGUGACAUGGGAGGAUGGAGUAUUGUUGUUGAUCAACCGAGGGAGAAGAGUAGUGGCGGAUUCGGUGGUGGCGGAAGGAGCGGUGGUGGUCGUUUUGGUAGUGGAAGGAGCGGUGGUGGUAGAGGAAGAGAUAGUGGCCGUGGUCGUUUUGGUGGUGGAAGGGGCGGUGGCAGAGGAAGAGAUGGUGGCCGUGGAUUCAACAGACCUAGUUUCUCAGGUAAGAAGACCACCUUUAACGACGAGUAGAAGCUUAUAUGUAGAAGAAAAUGCUCUUCUUAUGUUUUUAACUUAUGAUACUUCACUUCCUUUCUCUAUUGUUUCAGUUUUGUUUCUGUUCUAGUUAUGUUUUUGUCCGAACCUUCAAUUUUUGUUUGAGUGUUAAAUCAAGCUCAAUCUUGAGUUCUUUUGGUGUUA